CCUGUUGUAAGUUUUUCGGUAUCGGAAGUAGAGGAUUACCUUAUAUGGAAAAUGCUUAAAAUAGCACAUGACGUAUUGCAAAGGUUACGAUCUACGCACACUUCUGGAGAAAUGACCCGGAAACUGAUGCUUUCUGUCACGGAAAGCUCACGAGAGAGAUUCGAUUCGAAUUUCUUGAGAUUGAAACUGAGAUUUAAGCUUGCUUAGAUAUCAUCGCUGACCAAACUUUAAAUCAAAAUACUACUCGCGCCUUUUUUUUGAAUAUAAUUGUGACUGAAUUAAGUUCCUAGAAUUAUUUAUCGCGUUUUCGCUUGUAUUGUGAAUCGUCAUUUGAUUUCGCGACUUUAUUUUUAAAAAAACCCAGCAGUAUUUGUCUAUAUUUUCUUUUCUGUCGAGAUGCACAUCCAGGUCGAGGAGCGUGUGUUUUCUUCCAUUGCAGAUUCAAGUGGAUGUCUUGGUAGUGCGCUUGUGGCAGGUGAUUCCAACGUACAUCGUAUCCAAGCAGCGAUUCCAAAUUGGUCCACUAAUCGAUGCCUCCCAGUAUCAGGAGCCAAGUUUGUGAAUGACAAGAAGGGAUUUGUGGCAGUUCUGCAGCUUUCAUUGAAGAAGGAGUUUUACCCAUGUGUCUAUAUUCAUCUUGGCUCCAAUGAUGUUCAAGCCAGAGAGGAUGUGUUUUAUAGGAGAGUCACUGAGGUAUGUGAUAGUAUCCACGAGACGAGUCCGGAAACUGAGAUUGUUUUAUGUUCUAUUCUGCCACGAAAAAAGAAUGACAGACGAGUAUCUUCAACAUUAGCGAGAGUCUUCAACAGAUGGAUCCAGAAUGCUAACACCAUGCUAAUGGACAUUUCAGAGGCCAUCCCAUACAUCAGAUUCCUUGGAUAUGGAGCUCAGGAAUGUGCUGAUGUGUUGGGUCGUGAUGGACUUCAUCUGAGUCGUGUUGGUGGUAGACAUUGUAGUCAGGUGAUUGAGGAGGAUGUGUAUUCCUGGAGUGAAAUAGCCUAUCAGCAGGAUGUACAUUGGAAUGAAGACAUACGCCAACCACAUUCAGCAGAGAUUGAUGCAUCAAGCUUUGACCAGUGCCUGGCAGCUGCUGUUGAACCAGUCAGUGACCAGAAUGUCCAGGCCAGCAAGCAGCCUCUGUACUCUGAAAUAGUUCGUUUGCCAGCAGCUGAAGUUCCAGAUGUUACCUCAGUGCAGCAUAAUGUGAAGUUACCAAGGCGCAAUGUAUUGAAGGUUGAUGAAUGUGCUAGAUCAGCCAGACCAUGUAACCACAGAUCAAACAAACAUCGAAGGGCAAGGCGAAGAAAAUUUACGCAACACAGACAGCUGAAAGUUCAAAGAUCUGAGCAGUAUAAAGAUCACGUUGAAAUUCUGUUGACAUCUGAUGUAACGGUAAAGGUGAAGGCAGACAAUGUACAUAGCAUCUGGAUGUGCCCGAAAGAAGACGCCAUUACCACAAAGAAGCGCCUACCUGUCUGCUCUACAAUGACUGGAGUUAAGAAGAUAAACAAGCAGACAUGGUUUGACUGCCCCCUUUGCCCAGUGAAGUGUUCUAGAGAAGAUUUCCUACUGGACCAUUUCUGUCGACGCCAUGUACCUGGAGGGACCAAAUACAAGAAGAACACUGACAAUUCUUUCUGUCAUCGGAAAUCAACGAAGAGCAGCAGAAGUCAGCCAAACUCGAAGAGCACCAUUUCAACAUCCAGCCUGAACCCUGUAGAAAAAACUUCACCUCCCCAUCAAGAUGAAUUGGAUAUCGCCUUUAAAUGUCAGAUGUGA